GCUCCAUGGGCUUCUCCUGCGCGCCGCCCGGUGUCUGGCCGACUCCAGGAAGCCGCGGCGCCUGGUGCCGGGGAGCCAUCGCCGCAGCCCGAGGCCGGGUCCCGGGUCGCGGACUGCAGAAGGAGGCGACGGCGACGGCGGCGGGAACCCUGCCGGGGGCCUGGGACUGGGGAACUGCCUCCGGCUUCACGAUGCCAGUAUGGACAGAAUAGCUUAUGAUGCUCAUCCCCACCCACCACUUCCGAGACAUUGAGCGGAAACCAGAAUACCUCCAGCCAGAGAAGUGCACCCCACCUCCCUACCCUGGUCCUGUGGGAACCAUGUGGUUUAUCCGCGACGGCUGUGGCAUUGCCUGUGCGAUUGUCACCUGGUUUCUGGUCCUCUAUGCGGAGUUCGUGGUCCUCUUCGUCAUGCUGCUUCCAUCCCGAGACUACGUGUACAGCAUCAUCAAUGGAGUCAUCUUCAACGUGCUGGCCUUCUUGGCCCUGGCUUCCCACUGCCGGGCCAUGCUGACGGACCCCGGGGCAGUGCCCAAAGGAAAUGCUACUAAAGAAUUUAUCGAGAGUUUGCAGUUGAAGCCCGGGCAGGUGGUGUACAAGUGUCCCAAAUGCUGCAGCAUCAAACCUGACCGAGCCCACCACUGCAGUGUCUGUAAGCGGUGCAUUCGCAAGAUGGACCACCACUGUCCCUGGGUCAAUAACUGUGUCGGCGAGAACAACCAGAAGUACUUCGUCCUGUUUACAAUGUACAUAGCUCUCAUUUCCUUGCACGCCCUCAUCAUGGUGGGAUUUCACUUCCUGCAUUGCUUUGAAGAUGACUGGACAAAGUGCAGCUCCUUCUCGCCGCCUACCACCGUGAUCCUCCUCAUCCUCCUGUGCUUUGAGGCUCUGCUUUUCCUCAUUUUCACGUCAGUCAUGUUUGGGACCCAGGUGCACUCCAUCUGCACGGAUGAGACGAAUUACAAAAAAGUGGCAAAAAUAGGACAGAGUACCCACAAGCCCUUCUAUCAGCCUCGCCAAAGCCGACAGCAGAGGCAGGGCAUCGAGCGCCUGAAACGGAAGGGUCAGCCCCGGGAGCACAGGCGCAGCUGGAAGGCCGUCAAGGAGACCUUCGGUGGGGACUUCUCCCUGAACUGGUUCAACCCCUUCUCCACGCCGUGCCAGCCCGAGACCCCCAGCGACAAGGACUUGGUGCGGCAGGGGCCGUCCCUGUCGGACAUCGACAUCACUGACACAACCACGACGACGGAGGAGCCCUCGGAGGAGACCAAAGACGAGGACUCCGUGGAGGUGAUAGACGAAUAGAGGUGGCCACGGAGUGCCCGACACUGCCUGGCCCUGGCCUUCAUUCGUGGGCGUGCUGCCUCCCUCCGACUGCGCAUGUACCUUCCCCCCUCCCUGUCCGUGUUGAUGCAGCUGGGGGGGUGCUGUCCCCAGGCGGGGGGCUGCCUGUCCUCUUGGGGGGAGGCUGGCGUCUGGGCUCCUUGCUUUAGAGAGCUCAGGCCAUGAUGUCACCAUAGCUUUAGGGGCCUGGUGGUGGGAGAGGCCAACAGAAAUCCCAGCUCAUCCCGAGAAUGGGCUUAGCGGAAAAAGGCCCAGCUGUUGAGGCAGGAUCCCUGGGUACACGCGGACCCAAGCCUGUGUGUGUGACCAUCCCUUAGAUGCUAGAAUCCGCCCCGAACAGACAAGCUUGGAGCGAGCCUGCCUGACAACCAGGGCUGGGCCAGGGACCAAGUACUUGCGCCCUGGCCUGCUGCCUCCCAGCAGGCAGCUCAGCCUCUAACAGAAACCUCUCCCCCUCGUCUUUCUGCCACGGCGGAUGAGAGCCGUGACGCGCAGCUUCGUCACACAGGGAGACCUUGUCACCCUGAGUGAGGCCUGAGGCACACCUCAAAGUCUGAACUGGGGUUCUGGUGCUGUGACCGCAGUCCCGUGGUCACUGCAGCAGUACAGAGGCCACAAAAUGCAGUCCCUGUGCCCCUCGCGGGGCCACUGCCCUAGCUGGCACCGACCCACAGCGAGGGCCGAGUCCCACCCUGAGGGGCCUGAGGUCAGCAUUGGGAGGUCGGCCCGAGGGCACCAAGAAAGGGAAGCCACCGAGUGUACCUCGUGGAUGGCACCCUGGGGUGCUCCAUGAAGGGAGUGAUCCGUUGGAGACUCCAAGUCUAAUGCAGACCCGGCUGCUGGCUGCCGUCAGCUUCAGUCCUCAGGAGUCCGCCCCCUGCCGUGGAACAGAGCCGGGCUCCGGCCGGGGGGGCCAGCAGUUGUCCCUCUGGAGGCUUGUGGACCAAAGAGAUCCCAGGCCAAGGAGGAGGACAGCCGGGCAGCGGCAGGGAGGCCUGGAGCAAGGACACGCCUUUUCUGCCAGAGUCUGGCCCCACCCUCCCCUCCGUGCUGACCCCGGCCACUUGGAGCCUGCUUGGGAGCUGCUCGCCAGAGCCACCCCUGGCUUAGGCAACGCAGUAGCCUUUUCUCCAGGGUGUGCUUGUGCUUAGCCCCAAACACAGAGCAGUGCAGCUCAUGUCACAAUGUGCCCGGGUCUUACAGGGAGGACGGAGGUGCCAACCUGGCCUCUUUCUUUGAAUAAAAGGCUCUGUUCCGUGACUAUGGCUGUACUUUACACCCAAGUCACCUUCUACUUACAUGUGAGCUUUGCCGCCGGCUGCAUGCAGUGGGAGGUGGGGCCUUUGAGAGGGGGCCAUUGUGCUGAGGAAAGAACACGACCCCUCCCUGGCGCGCUCAGAGGAUGCGACGUGAAGACUGCACAGUUGGCCGGUAUAGAGAAGAGCACUUCGGGACUGCGCUGGCCUCGGGACAUCGCCGUUCAGUUGAAAGCAGGUGUGUCCCUGGGCAAUGCUGAAGAGGGCAGGACGGGCAGAAGGGCCUGCCCCAGCUCUAACCAUGCCUACUGUCCAGAAGGUGAUGUAGGCAGUGGAGUCCUCCCCCACCCCCAUCCCCACGCACACCCAGGUCAGCCGGAGGUGUCCAAGGACAGGCCCCUGCGCGAGCUGGGCAGGCUGCGGCAGUCCUCAGCGCGAGUCUCUCUCCCAGUUUGUCAGCGCGUGUGCCUUCAGCUCCUUUCCUCACUGAGUGGGAGCUGGAUGUGCUGCGUCCUGGGGAGUUCAAAGCCACACGGUCCCACAGUCACCCCAGGGUACCCGGGGGAGACUGCCCUGUGGCCGCAGGAUGCCUGAGCCCAGACCCUCCUGGGAGUCCCGGCCCGGCUGACAGCUGGUGUUGGGUCAUCCAUGUUAGCGACUGCUUUCUGGUGAAACCACACUGCAGGGCUGGCCCAGCCCCUCCCUGCCCACAGUGGGCAGCUUGUUGGAAACAUGGGAGAUGAGGCUCCACCCCCGGGAACUGGCAUGGAAGGUAAGGGUGCAGAAAGGAAUUAAAAGUGCACUGGCCAUUUCCACAGGACACUGCGAGCCCUGGGAGCCCGCCCUGAGCACAGCGUUAGUUCUGGACGGGACAGCCGAGUCAGAGCAAGCAUCUGCCUGCAGACCAGCCAACAGGUAGAAACCCCAGGAAGGAAAAAUACAAAUCCAGAGUUGUACUAUGGCUUGGAACUUAGCCAACUAGGGAUGUGUGAGGCCGGUGUGUAGAAGGGCACAAAGAUGGCCCGAGCCACUGGGAAAUGGCCCUCAUGCCUCCCCGGGACCCCAUUUUCCCACAGACGAAUUCAGUGCAGUGCCAACCUAAAUUCCAACUUUAUAAGAUUAUUUAAAAGGCACAGUUACCCUCCAUCUCCUGGUUCACUCCUCAAAUGGCCACAAGCUCAGGCUGGGUCAGGCUGAAGCCAGGAGCUUCUUCCAGGUCUCCCACAUGGGUGCAGGGGCCCAAGCACUUGGGCCAUCUUCCGCCGCUUUCCCAGGCCACAGCAGAGCGCUGGUUCUAAAGGGGAGCCCGUCAGGGAUGCUGGCGCUGCAGGCGCCACCCUAACAGUUUUUAAAUGACAGGACAAUAGACUUGUACAAGGUGUAUGCGCGCUGGGUUAAAUCACACAGUACCACUUCAAGG